AUGCAAGUAAAGAAGAAGGACCAAGGGCCUAUAAGGAAAGGGCCAUGGAAAGCCGAGGAAGACGAGGUGCUUCUAAGUCAUGUCAAUAAGUAUGGCCCCAGAGACUGGAGCUCCAUUCGAUCCAAGGGGCUUCUUCAACGCACUGGCAAGUCUUGUCGACUUCGCUGGGUCAAUAAGCUUCGCCCAAACCUCAAGAAUGGGUGCAAAUUUUCUCCGGAGGAAGAGAGGGUGGUGAUAGAAUUGCAGGCACAGUUUGGGAACAAAUGGGCCAAGAUUGCGUCUUAUUUGCCAGGAAGAACAGAUAAUGAUGUCAAAAAUUUCUGGAGUAGUAGGCAAAAGAGGCUUGCUAGGAUUCUCCAUUCGUCUUCACCAUCCUCAAAAUCCCACAAGAACAAGAAUAAAGUCGCCACUUUACACAUUAAUAUUCCGCCUUUGGAGGCUCCUAAAUUUAGUUCAUCUGAGGAAGAAUCUUCAUCAAAGGCUCAUCAGCCAUGCUCAUCAUCCUUUACUGAGAAUUCAGAGGUUAUAAAAAUGGUGCCAUUGCCAGAUCUCAUGAACUUCGCGAACCCCUUGAGUUUUGACGCAGUCACUUCGAUCAAAGAAGAGUUUACGACACCGUUGGAGAGUUGCAUGAGCACUGACAUGAUCUCACAAAUUGGUUUCCCUCAGGGUUCCCCAUUCUCAAUGGAAAGUCAAGAUCUCUUCUUGGCCAGAGCUAACGAAUCUGCUGGUUUCGCUGAUGGAAUAGGAGUGGACCCUUUGGAAGAUUAUGCAUCAGAACUUGGAAUAGGAACACAGAUUCCCUUUUAUGGGUUUCCUUUCAAUGAUUCAUCGGGAAGUUGCAGAAUUGAGACAAGGAAUCCAAUCGGUAACCCCACAAACCUUGAUAGCGUCUUUGGUGAUUUUCCAGAUGACAUGUUUGAUAACCUCCAGCCACCUCCAAGCCCAUCAUCACCAGAGCUAUGAGCUUUGAUAUCUCUUCUCAUUUUAAAAGAUGACUGUGUGGCUGUGUGCAUUCUUGUACUUCUUUACCCCCACACAAACAUACACGUCACAUAUUUUAUCAAUUUAGUUAUAUGGUUAUGUAUGUAACGUUUAGUUAUCAUUAUCUGUUCCCAUUUUAAAAA